AUGUCCUCUCCUAGCUUCGGCUUCGGCCCCGACCCACGGCCGUCUGAUAUGGCGCCGCCCUCUUUGCAUCCCUUCACUGUCAGCGCCAUGUUGGUUCUAUACACAAUCAUUUAUGUGCUUCCGCUUUACAUCUCGUCAUCUAGUCGUCCCUCGCCAACUUUGUCAAGGGACGACCCGCGAGUGAUUCGUACACGUGUCACUUCCGUUCUGUUUUCUACUGCCAUCUGCUGCACCAUCACUUACACUGUCUUGGCGCAACUUCCGGACGGCGUCCUGCCCAUCUCUCCCCUUCACGCCAUGGGCUACUGGCCAGUGGGCCUUGCGGAAUCUGGCAGCGCUUUGCUUCUCACUUCCAUUCUCUUUGCUGGUCCACUCUACGAAGCCCUUCUCAUAGACGGACUCUGGGAGGAUUGGAAAACCCUCGAGCCUCUGACGCAUGUCUGGACCCGGUGGACCACUUGGCGCAACAUUGUCAUGGGACCUUUGACCGAGGAAAUGCUGUUCAGAUCCGCUUCAGUACCGCUACUCCUGUGCGCUCGUAUGUCGUUAACUCAAACUAUCUUUCUAUCCCCUCUUAUAUUCGGCCUCGCCCAUGUCCAUCACUUCUACGAAUUCCGCAUCACCCACCCCAGAGUGCCCCAAAUCGCCGCCGUCGCUCGUUCAGUAUUUCAGUUCGCAUACACUUCUCUGUUUGGUGGCUAUGCCACAUUCCUUUUCUUACGAUCCGGCAGUCUACUGGCCAUCGUCUUGGUACAUGCAUUUUGCAACUCCAUGGGCCUUCCCCGGUUCUGGGGGUCUGUCGAGCCCCACUGGCAUCUUCAUGGACAUUACACGCACGCAGACGCUCGGAAAUGGACGGUAUUUUAUUAUGUACUUUUGUUUACCGGGGCAGGUCUGUGGUGGAAAGGCCUCCUAACGCUCACGGAAAGUUCGUCAACCCUGGUUCCUGGCCGGUUUUGA